AUGGGUUCCCAAGGUCCUGCAACAAAACCCUCCUCCCACAGCAGGACAACAACAACAACAUCCACAACCCUGCACAGUCGUCGAACGCAUUGCACCCACUCCAGCUUUACACGUGAAUUUAGCAGCUAUGACCGCUUUGCAACAUGCCAGAUGUGCAAGAGAGGACCAGAUCUGGGCUGGGUAUAUGCCUGUACAGAGGAUGAGGAUAGACUGGAUGCAAGAGAUGGAUACCCGCCCCAAGAAAACCACCAACCGAGUGCUACUGCUAUCUCCACCAGCCUCAAGGCAGGAGACGUGGUGCAGUUGAACGACUGGAUCGAGAACGCUAUCAAGAACGGACACUACACGCCUGAACAGGUGGAAUUGAUCAGGAGCCAGCGAGCAGCCGUCCUAGAGACUCUCAACACGGAUAAUCGCGUGAUGCGCGAUCCUAUCAACCCCGAAACCCGAUCAUGUUCAUCUACCGAAGACCCAGAACACUCCGAGUCCGCGACAGCAAAUUCCUACGUGAAAGUACCCUUUAGCAUCUUGCUUCCAGCUUGUCACAGUGCCCUUGGCCAUAUCACGAUCCCCGCGUGUCGUCUGCGCGUUUGCCCAGGUUGCAUGCCGACAGCUACGGAGCGGAGCUGGCAGUGUCUCGAUCGGAUCUGCAGGGAUGACUACAUGACGAACGAUAGACUGUUGGAGAUUCUUGCGGCUAUUGCUAUCAGAAUAGAUGCCGCCAGUAUGGCCAGGGAGUCCCGCAAGGUACCAACGCCAGACGGCUCAUCAAGCUUUGAUAUUUCAGACGAGCAGGUCGGAGGGGACGGGUGUCCGGCAGAUGCUAACAACGCUAUGUGUGACGCUGGUGCGGUUGAAAACAGUGAUAAUGAUACCCGCGGCGCAGAUGUGGAAAAAGAUGAAAUCACACCACCAGAUGUUGUUGAUAGUAACUUCAUCAACAAAGCACCCAGGCAGAAAAAAAGUUUAAGAGAGCUGUUGCGUUUGCAUAGGAAUCAUGCAAAAAGGGCGACGGGAGGCAGGAUGAAAAAUCAUCACCGCCACGAACCCCCUCACCACCACCAUGGGCAGCAGGAGCUAUGUAUCUCUUCUAUAGAUAGCCCCUCCGAUACUGGUGGGGAUGAUUGGGGACGACGUACGGGAAUGGAACUCCAGAAACAGCACCGUAGGGUUUCGGAGAAUACACGACCACAACCCCAGCAGGCCAGAACCGCGCGGCCUGAGUUUCUUCGAAGAGCCAAGUAUGACUCGUCUGUACGACACCAUGUAAAUGGUGGGAUUGCUGAUAACACUGGUGCAGAUAUGAGCGAGCUUGGGUUUGUUCCUAUCAUUGACAGGCUGACGGAUCCGGCAGAUAGGGAGGAGGAUAUGAUUAUUGCACGUGUUUAA